GCCUGUGAAGAGAACGAGGAUCCGUCUGUGCCGGAAUUCUGCUGGUCAGGAGCUGGAAGGAAGAAAUUUCCCCCUGUAUUGCACCGAGGGGAUUGUAAGUCCCAGAAGAACCACUAGAGGGGCUACGCCCUACCCUUGGGGAUCUACGAGAGGUUCAGAAGAUUGCACAGGAGGGCUACGUCCAGCCCUAAAGAGGCUACCGCAUAUUAGGGCUACGUUCUGGCCCCAAGAAGCCACCGACAGCACCAGAGGGCCACACCCUACCUCGAGAAGCCACAGAAAGCAGAAGACGUCGUAGAAGAGAAGGAAGCGACACAAGAUUUCUCCCAAGAAGAAGAAGACAAAUUUGUACAUUGAGAGGAGAAUAAACAGCCCCGUGUGGGGAAAAAGAGGAAAACGAACUCUAUAGCCUCCCCCCGGUGUUCCCUUUUGUAGUACUAUGUACCUAUACACCGAGUUUCACCUUGUGUGGCGCUCCGUCCCAAUGUCUUGUACACCAUGCUAUGUGUAAUUAUUAUUUAUUGCCACUCAUUGUUUUGCUUCUAUAUAUUUUUUUUUAUAUAUAGAUGUAAUCUCACCAAAUCACAUCCAAUCUAACAAAAUUUCACUUAUAUAUUUUUCUUCCUCCUGUAAAUCACAUUUUGCACACAAAUGCGAAAUCUUCGUGUAUGCGGUUUUGUAGGAAAAACAUCAAUUUUCCAAGUUCAAAAGUCUGUGAAAUUUUAAUCUUUAUUUUCUUAUUUAAGUACAAGAUGAAAGGUUGAUUAUGGAAGCAAUUACAAUAGAGAUUUAUCUUGAUACAGUGUAGAGGAGCCUGGGGUAGAGUUAGAUAUGCAAUGAAUUCACAGGAAAAAGCUCAAAAUUAAGUUUUCAUAAAAGUUCAAUUUCAGAAAAAUUCAACAGGGUCGCAUUUUUUUACAAUUCCUCUUUAAUUAUUCAAUUUUAUUAUGAAAAAAAAUUCUUUAAAAAUUAUAAUUUUGCUCUAAAUAUUUAACUUAAUACCUCAAGAGCGCGAGAAAGGCCUCAGUGAGGUUAAUUUAGUCACAAAGAACUUUGUUUUUUAUACUCGCACUUACAUUUAUACCCCAAAAAGUCUUUGACCGUUUUGUUUGUUGUCUAAAUAGCAUCUUGAUAUCUCAUAAAAUAAAAAUUUUAUUUUAUUAUUUAUGAUUCACGAGAAAUAAUGUAUCAGUUGUAAAUUUCUUUUGUCGGACAAUGCCACUUGAGCUUUUGCAAAAAUGGUUAUUUUCCGCUGCCUGCGUUAUUUUGAAAUCACCUCCCAGUUAAUUGCUAAAUCAGAAUUUAUUAUUUUCUACGGAAAUCAUCGAAUACCUUUCCAAAUCAUAAAUUUUACUCGAAAAAAAAUAAACAGAAAAUGCGUCUAAUCUAAAAGAAUUCACGUGAAUGAAAUCCAAACAGCUGAAGCAAUAUAUAUUGAUCACCCCGCGGAGCACACCCUAUCGAGGGCACAGAGACAAAACAUUAUUAGUGAUAAAAUGCAGAGAGACACGCGAUAAGGUAAUGAAUCAUUUUAUUGCGGUGUGGUGAGGUGUUUGAUUAGAAGAAAUAGCAAACAGCGCUAUAAAGGAGAAAUUGAUGCGCAACUGUCUACAUAAUCUUUGUUCUCAGUGUUUUCGUUUUGGGAUUUUAAACAGAGAGAAAUAAAUAUAGCGUGAAUGUUUUUCUCCACUCAAGGAAAAUUUCACAAUCUUUUUUUUUCCUUUAUGCGUAGCUCUCAUCAUAUGAAAUUGUACGCAUUUUUCGCGGUUCAUUCGCAUCUUUUUGAACCAAUUUGAGACAAAAGAGCGCGGCAUGUUCCAAAGGGGAACACAGCAAAAUCCAUUUUUAACUCACCGACGCUCUAAUGGAAUAAAUUGGAAACAAAGAGAAUGAACUGAUGGGGUUUUCCGUGGAAAAGUCUCACUCACAAAGUGAUGAAAAUUUUCCUGAUGCGAUCAAGCUAUUUUUGUGUUUUGCGACAGAGUGUACGAUGAAAUAAUUAAACUACUUUCUGCCCAUGACGUCCAUUUUCUUUCUCUUUACAAAAAGAAGCCAAAAAAUAGUUCAUUUUCACACUGACUAACACGCAGUGCAAAAGGGAAGAAAGAGAUCUGCGUGAAGAAGAAAAUUUUCAUGCUUAAUUUACAUUUCACCGAAAUUGAAGAAUGAGAAGUGGAUCCAACAAAAAAAUCAACAACACUCAACUGGAGUGAAAGAAAAUGAAAAAGAAGUUUUACUUUCAAUUUCAAACAUAGCGUAAUGUGGAAAAAAAUGUUACGCCAUAGACGAUUAGGAGAAAUUAUAGUUAUUUUGGCGGUUUAUAUUAAAACAUAAUAUCAGAGCGUAAACAAAAUAUGAAAAAAGAGGGCACUUUGAAGAGCAACGUGAGAGGAAAAUUUCUCGUAUUUUUUCCCGCUCAACACCAGCAAACAUCAUGCCGGAAAUAAAAAUUUCUUUCAGCUUGAUUGAAAUGAUGAUUCAGAGGAGCAUAAAGCACCUUCGGGCUCCUUUUUUUCUGCACCUCUGCGUGAAUCUCAUUAAAAUGUGUGCAACACUGGAAGUUCAUGUUUGAUUGAAAAAUAGAAUUAAUUAAUGCUGGUUAUGAUUAAAAAAAAAAAAAGAAAAACAAAGCAAAUCGCAUAAAUUGUGGUAUUUUCCGCAAUAUUUCUCCGAAUCUUUCCUGAGGCCGCAAUUACAAGAUCCACAGAAAGAAAGAAAAAGAGAUCAUUAAAAGCACGUGCUUUUGGGUUUUCUUUUGUUGGGUCUUUUGCGCGCCGAAUCGUCCGACUUUGCACGAUAUUGCGUCGCAAUGCCCAACACAUUUAAACCCAAAACGAAGAAAAAAAUCCGUGGGUUUUAUUAAUAAGUCUGACAUUUUGCGACGUGGUGUAUUUUAGACGCGCCGUGGCCUUUAUUUCCCAUCCCAAAUGGACGUCCUCUUUUCUUUCUCUUUGCAAAAUGCGAAAAUUCAUCCAAUUUGUGUGUUUUUCCUGUGACGUGUGACAAGAAAAAUAUAAAUCUUUUUUCACUUUGGUAGUGCGGUGGAAAUUUGCAAUUAAGACAUCUGCAAAGUGAGAGCGGUGUUUGAGAACUUUUUGCGGAAGUGAUUUCACGCUCAUCGAUAAAAUUAUUUUUACAAAAAUUUUAAUAAGUAGAUAAUUUGAGAGUUUCCUCUCGGCAAGAUCUUGGCAUGAACCAUGGCAUCUCAAGUCACGAAAGUCAUUCACAGAUGCGACGAAGCUCAAGAGACACAGAAAUUAGAUUUGUCCGAAUGCCAGCUAAUGCAGGUCCCAGACGCAGUUUACCAUCUAAUGAGAAACACCGAACUCAAAACUUGUGAUCUUAGUUGUAACGUCAUUAAGAAAAUUCCACCGAAAUUCGCUGUGAAGUUCAGUUUAAUAACAGAUUUGAACUUGUCCCACAAUCAAAUGUCGAAACUUCCGGAUGAGCUGGCAGACCUGGCCCUGGAGCGACUAGAUAUUUCUCACAAUUCAUUCACGACGCUACCGCAAGUUGUGUUCAAGAUGCCGAAACUGAGGCAAUUGUAUGCCAACAAUAACUCCAUCAUCGAAGUGGAGUCGGACGAGAAGACCAUCAAGUCCGAAUCCCUGGAAUUGGUGGAUCUACGGAAUAACCCCCUGACACCGCAGUGCUAUGAUCGUCUUCGGGGUGCAAAGCUGCAUUUCCACCUGGAGCUUUCGGAACGAGUACAGGAAGACUGGGAAGAUCUCACAAUAUGAUUCCCCCCGAGAAUCAUGCUGAAUCCACAUGGCUGGAGCAGCCUGAGAUCAUUCACUUUAAUCUCUUAGCUGUAUUCUCUCUUUUUUAUACCGCACUCUAUGUGUAUUUUUUUCAUGUACUUAAGCCCAAUUUACUAUGAUGUUAGUUUGUAUACCAAAAACAAAACAAAGAUAUCUCUCCUGGAGCCACGGAGGAGUCCGUCCUCUCCGAAAUCUAGUCUGAUUAGUCCAAGGAAAUGUGACUCUGUUGCGUGUCUUGUAGAUUCAAUUAUAUAUUAUAUAAAAUAAGAAGAUAUUUUAUAUGCAAAUGUUGUCGAAAAGUGCGAAGAAUUGAUUGCGUGAAACUUUUUAUCAGACGCUAAUGUAUGUAGUUUAUAAAGAAAAAUAUAUAAUACCAAUGUAUGUAUCCCCCUCUUCCCCAAUUUAAUCGUAUCUGAUAAGAGAGAAAAAAAUGUGAUUUUUCACAAUGUCUUUUCAAUUAAAAUUUUGUGUAUAUUUCUUAAAUUCACGUAACAUUGUUUGAUGUCUCCUUUUCUUUGUUUGUGAAGAAAGCAAAAAAAGAUAGCUGAUAAGAGGACAAAGUCUCUGAUUUCAUUGCAAAUCAUUUAUGGAUUCUUCUUCUCCAUUAUUAUGCAAAACUCUCUAUUUUAUGACAAAAAUUUUAUGUGUCAUGUCUUGGAUUUAUAUGGAAGAAGAAAGUGCUCAGAUGGAAAGAAAGUAAAGAAAGUAAAAAAGAACAUGACGAAGCGAUGAAAUUGAAUCUUAGACUUGAUAUAAUAACAUUAAAUAUACUCACAGUAAAUCUUAUCUUAUUAUACACUUAAACGUAGCUGUUGCAUAACAUUUUUUUGUCUAUGUCCUAAUCAUGAUGAAAAUGAUAGGAAAAAAAGAAAGAAAAAUUGUAAAUAAAAUUUAUAGUUAAUUAUUAACGAAAAUUUAAUGAAAAAAAAUGGAAACCACACGUAUGUAGUUUGUAACUAAAAGAAAGAGUGAAAAAAAUGUGUUAAAAAAUUUUAAAAGAUGAUAAAAGUUAAUUUUUCUUUGAUGAACAAAAUAUAAAAAUUAUUUUUAGAAAAAUUUUGUAAAAAAUUAUUUCUUUCUGAAACCAGUAAAAGUGAUUCAUUUUCCAAAUACUCAACAAAAUGCUCCUGUUUUGAAUAAAAAGAAAUCGUUCAUCCGCACAAUAUAUUGAAGAUUUGUGAGGAAAAACUUAAAUUUUGAUUUCUUUUCACAAAUUUCUAAGAUUUUUGAAUUAUUUCAGAAGUUUUUUUCUCUCAAACUAAAGUAAACAAAAUUCAAAAUUUUUUAAUCUUUAUGUUGUGCGGGUAUUAGGUGUACAAUAUUAAUGGAAUUUUACAGGAAUAAAAUUUCCUACUACACAGAAAAAAAAGAUUAAAUGACUUUGUUUUUAAAAAAUACAAAAACGUAUCAAAAAAUGCAAUUAAAUAGAAUUUUGUAGGAAAAUCUUCUGAAAGAAAUUAAUUCUUGAAUUAAAUACAAAAGAAGAGAAACCCCCACAAAAAAUGUAAUAAAAACGAUAAAUAAAUGUUUUUUUGCAAUGUGUGCAAAAAAAGGAAAAGAAA